CUUUGCCCCAGAGCCGCGGUCCUCUGUUUCCCCAAAGUCGAUAUUCUGCACAGACCGUUGCAUUUGGCCUCGAAAACAGCUUCGUGGACACACGCAGAUCUUUACAUGGGCUUCUCAAGAGCUUCGAUCUCGAGUCUGGAGGUUUCCAAGACGAAUCUGGCCCAAGGAUCCAGCUGCCCUUGCUUUGUGGUGGAUCCGCUCCUCGACUCCUCAUCCACCGAAUCCACUCACUACUGGCACUCCAAAGAACGGUCGCAUUAUUUCGGCCCAGCCUGCCUCAAUUUCUUGCCAUAAGCUACCACUGUUCUGCAUUACGUCUUCUGCUUUUACUCCUCGGCGGUGCUCUUGUAACUGCCAGACAAACCUUCAAUAAGACAGAUCUUGCAGCUUCAAGAGUCCUAGCUUUUGCUUUUGACAUCCGGUCCGCCAUAAGUUGUUUGAACGAGCUGCGCUUCUGCGGGGAAGUUUUCGCCCUCGAGUUCACAGCAGCAGAGUCCAGCUCUGCUCAUCCCUCUCCUUACUUUAUACCCACGGAAGACUGCACCGCCAACAUGAACGGCGACACGGGGAAGAGAGACAUCAAGAACCAUUUGCUGUUCGAGGUUGCAACUGAAGUUGCAAAUCGAGUGGGUGGCAUCUACUCGGUACUCAAGUCGAAAGCUCCAGUCACCACUGCGGAAUAUGGCGAAAGAUACACCCUGAUCGGGCCUUUGAACAAGAACUCGGCUGCGGUCGAAGUAGAAGCCCUUGAGCCUCCCCCCGGUCCAUUACGAGAAACGAUUGCAUCUAUGCAAGAGCGUGGCAUCGAGCUGAUGUACGGAAGAUGGCUGAUUGAAGGUGCUCCAAGAGUCUUGCUCAUAAACACUGGAACGGGUUAUCGUUGGCUUGACGAAUGGAAGGGAGACCUCUGGUCAAUAGCUGGAAUUCCUUCUCCCGCUGGAGAUCACGAAACGAAUGAAGCUAUUGUGUUUGGCUACCUCGUGGCUUGGUUCCUAGGCGAAUUUCUCUCCCGCGAAACGAACCGCGCAGUUAUCGCCCACUUCCAUGAGUGGCUGUCCGGAGUUGCUCUUCCCUUGACCAAAAGGCGUCAGAUGGACCUCACCACCAUCUUCACCACGCACGCUACUCUCCUCGGGCGUUAUCUCUGCGCCGGUUCGGUCGACUUCUACAACAAUUUGCAAUAUUUCGAUGUCGAUGCAGAAGCUGGAAAGCGUGGCAUCUACCAUAGAUACUGCAUCGAAAGAGGUUCGGCGCAUUCCGCCGAUGUGUUCACGACGGUCUCCCACAUUACCGCUUUCGAAAGCGAGCAUUUGCUGAAGCGGAAACCGGAUGGUGUCUUACCCAAUGGUCUGAAUGUCAAGAAGUUCUCGGCUGUGCACGAGUUCCAGAAUCUCCAUUCCGUACAAAAGGAAAAGAUCCAUGAAUUCGUACGAGGACAUUUCUAUGGUCAUCUGGAUUUCGACUUGGAGAAUACGCUAUACUUCUUCACGGCUGGAAGAUAUGAGUAUCGAAACAAAGGUGUCGACAUGUUCAUCGAGUCCUUGGCACGUUUGAACCACAGACUCAAGGUCACCGGUUCCAAGCUUACCAUCGUCGCCUUCCUGAUAAUGCCGGCCCAGACAACUUCUCUAUCGGUCGACUCCCUCAAGGGCCAAGCAGUGACGAAAUCAUUGGCCGACACGGUCUCCAACAUCGAACGCGGUAUUGGGCGUAGACUUUUUGAAAGAUCUGUCCACUGGAAAGAGGGAGACCCUAUGCCGGACGAGAAAGAGUUGAUCACACCAGCUGAUCGUGUCAUGCUCCGACGUCGACUUUUUGCUAUGAAACGACACCAGUUGCCGCCAAUUGUCACUCACAACAUGGUCAACGACGCAGAGGAUCCUGUCUUGAGCCAGUUACGCCGGGUGCAGCUGUUCAACUCAUCCUCGGAUCGUGUCAAGGUUGUUUUCCACCCGGAGUUCUUGAACUCUGCCAAUCCAGUUCUGUCUUUGGACUAUGAUGACUUCGUCCGCGGCACCCACUUGGGUGUCUUUGCUUCCUAUUACGAGCCAUGGGGUUACACGCCUGCUGAGUGCACCGUUAUGGGUGUUCCUUCCAUCACCACUAACCUGUCGGGUUUCGGAUGCUACAUGGAGGAGCUCAUUGAGAAUUCGUCCGACUACGGCAUCUACAUCGUCGACCGCCGGCUCAAAGGCGUCGAUGACUCCGUCAAUCAGCUGACUGACUACAUGUUCGAAUUCGCCAACAAGAGUCGGAGACAGCGGAUCAACCAGCGAAAUCGUACAGAACGUCUCAGCGACCUCCUCGACUGGAAACGUAUGGGCAUGGAAUAUGUGAAGGCUCGACAGCUCGCCUUGAGACGUGCCUAUCCCGCCUCCUUCGAAGACGCUGAUGAAUUUGACGACAUCAUUGGUGGCACCGAGCAAAAGAUAUCGAGACCACUGUCAGUGCCAGGAUCCCCAAGAGAUCGUUCUGGCAUGAUGACACCAGGGGAUUUCGCCUCCUUGCAAGAGGGAAAGGAAGGUCUAAGUACCGAAGACUACAUUGCGUGGAGGUUGCCUGAGGAGGAAGAGCCAGAUGACUAUCCUUUCCCACUCACGCUCAAGACCAAGAAGGAUUCCGGACCCAACUCUCCUGCGCCGCUUGUUGGAGGGAUGAACGGUUCAUGAGAUGGCAACGCCCAGCCAGAAGAUGUCGCAAGAGAUUGGAUACCUCAGCAUCCAGCAAGUAACACUGUAACUUCGAAUGGAGGAAGCAGCAAGCAGCCAGACACAGUGCGUUAUCAAUUUGAAGGGGUAUUUCCAACGCAAGUUGCUUUUCCAGUUCUGGGUCCUUGAUGCCGUUUCUCAUGUAUCGAUCAUCUGCAUCCGCAUCUCAGCCGAGCAAGCACCGUCGUAUGGUACAGGCUGGCUCAUGUUGAUUACUAAAGCAAAAUCGUAAUGUUACUGUCCAUGACCAUAUUCUG